AUGGCUGACUCUCACUUGUCUGGCUCCUUAGGAAGCUACAACAGCAGCUCUACUAGUGCCUGGAACAUCACUGGCAGCGGCCCCUGGUUGUUGGCCUUCAUGCUGACUGCCAUCAUCCUCAUGACAGUCUGUGGCAACAUGUUGCUCAUUGCUUUGGUGUUUGCCCAUCGCUCUUUGCGCUGCACCUCAAACUGCUUCCUGGUGUCUCUGUUCUUCUCUGACCUAAUGGUGGCGUUGGUGGUGAUGCCCCCAGCUAUGCUGAACGUUCUGUGUGGGGCCUGGGUGCUGUGGCCCGCAUUUUGCCCCGUUUGGCUUUGCUUUGAUGUCAUGUGCUGCAGCGCAUCCAUCCUCAACCUGUGUGUGAUUAGUCUGGACCGGUACCUCUUCAUCAUCUCACCCCUGCGCUACAAGCAGAGGAUGACCCCACCUCGUGCGUUACUCCUGGUAGGGGCUGCUUGGGGGUUGGCAGCACUGGCGUCCUUCCUGCCCAUUCAGAUGAAAUGGCACAGCUUAGGCCACAGGAGCGGGCACUCGUCUGUUCUUGGGGUCAGCGUUAGUAACAUCAGCACCUACUCUGACAAAUUGUACCCAGAAUCCUACUUUCAGCUGUCACCUUCAGGUGGCCUUUCCUUCCAGUGUCGCCUGCGGGUCACCCUGCCCUUUGCUCUGGUGGCAUCUGUGCUCACCUUCUUUCUGCCCUCCAGUGCCAUUUGUUUCACCUACUGCCGGAUCCUACUGGCAGCACGGAGGCAGGCAAAGAGGGUCGCAGCACUGAGCCACCCACCUCACCCUCACCCUUCUCUCGGAGAACCUUCCCGGCCUCCUUCACCUGGGAUUGCAGCGGGGCAGGCUCAGCAGGAUGGAGAUGACUGCAGCCAUUUGGAGCCUCCUGUGUCCCAAAACAUGCUGCCAUCAGUGAACAGCGAGCGUCGUCUGGCUCACAGGCAGGGUCGGAGGGCACUCAAGGCCAGUCUGACCCUGGGAGUCCUCUUGGGACUCUUCUUCAGUGCUUGGCUGCCGUUCUUCAUCACCAACAUGGCUCAGGCAGUGUGUGAGUGCGUCCCGCUUGCGCUCUUUGAUGCCAUCACCUGGUUGGGCUACUGCAACAGUACAAUAAACCCCAUCAUCUACCCGCUGUUUAUGAGAGACUUCAAGCGAGCUCUGGGGAAGCUCUUGCCCUGCUGUUCCUCGAGGUCGCCCAGAAGACCCUCACCAGCGCUGUCUCUCUCUCUGCGCAACUCAGGAGAGCCCAACAUCGCCAGCAACCCACCCUCACCUCUGCCUUCUGACCCCACCCACCCACCUGCCACCGCCACUGAUGCUGUCAAUCUGCUGGAUGCCGAGCACGCUGGGCUCGAGUUGCCUCUCCUUCUCCCCAACCAGGUCGACACUCUGGACUGAACAGUAAUUAUGGAAAUGCAGAUAUGUUAUAGGUUAUAUCAGGGUUAACAGCGGAGAAGUACCGAAGCUGGUAACAAUUUGACUUACUCACUGUGAAGCUUGGCCUGAAGAGACAAAAGAAUCUAUUUAUUUUAUGGUCACAUUCUGUAAGGUCGACUCUCUCUCUCAGCCAGCGUCAAAAGUAUUUCCAA